AUGCCAACAGAUCUCGACGGAAGUCUUGAACAAGAUGUAAGAGGGAAUGCCAAUGAUCGGAAUGGUGGGAUGAGAAGACAAAGUACCGUAGUUACCAAAGAUGACGACUCUGAAUUGUCAGAAUGUGAGUGUCAGACAAGACAGUAUCCUCCAUGGACCGGAGAGAUUCACGGAAUGAGUCAGGUAAGUCGAUAACCGCAAUUCUCUUUCCUUUUUUUCUUAUUGUUAGACAAACGCGGGUUUUAUUGAUUUACUUCUUAACUGAACACCGUAUAAAAUUUAGGCCCUCCUGAGUAAGUCCAGAAAGCUCCGUGCAUUCUGGUGGUUGGUAUUAUUUGUUUGCACAAGCUGCGGAACCGCGACAACAGUAUUGGUGGUCAUUGAGUACUUACAAGGCCCUACAGCGACCUCAACGACAAUUCGAUUGGUAUGUCGUAUUCGUUUAUUUUCCUUACCAUAUGUGCCUUUAUUUACGAGCAGCUGCAGCGGAUAUAAAAAUAGAGUUUUAUCAGCCUGCGUAUAUGCGCAUAUUCGAUAUCAUUUGAAGAGAUAGGGGCGGUGGUGCAACCGAACAAAAGCUCGUUAUUUAUGCAUCGGGAAAAGCGGGAAAUAAUAUUAAGUACAGUGUUUAUGUUGACCAUGUUCUUGGUCAUGCUGGAAAUGGCAAUUUUGGCAAUUACCAGUCGUAUUCUUUCAGGUAUCUUCCCUCCAACUCCCAGCUAUAACAGUUUGUCCGAAGGUGCCAGAUGCGUUGGAUUUCGACGGUCUUUUUGAUGACAUGAGAACGCUAAUGCCUGAAAUUUCAAAUCAGACGGCUCUGGACGUUGUGAGAUUUUGGCUAGCCGGCUCUGGCCUAGAAAAUAUCGACGCGAUCAAUGAUUACAACAGGACGUAUCUAGAUGAAUUGAGUACCGUUUUCAACCGGUGGAGCGAAGGAUACGAUCCCAAGUCGUUCUUUGAACUUAUGCAGGUAAUUUUGAAGCAAUGUUUUAGGAUCUUUUGGUAAAGCGGAUUUUCCAAAAAUUCGGUGAUUUAAAAAAAAAUUACUUCAUCCUAAAUUCAGAUUUUUAUAUAAUCUUUGAUUUCAAUAUUCAGAAAAAUCUUUUGAUUAUGGAAUCCCACUCUUAUGUUUUCUGCACGUAUCAAAUUUCUUCGAUUUCAAAUUUUGUAUUUUCUGCUGUUAAACCUACGAAUUUACAAUUCAUGUGCAACAUGUAUGCUUCAAUCAUUUUAUAUGUAAAGGAGUAAUGACCUUUACUCCUUUACAAGCUUCGCAAAAAAUGGAAAACAUGACCACUACGCUAUAUUUUAGUCCAAAUAUUUGUCUUGGCAUUUGCGUAUUUCCUCAAAACAUAGAUUACAUUCGUGUACCAGAAUUUUUAUUUUUCAGACUAAACAUGGAUACACUUGCGAUGAAUUGUUUUACUACUGUGAAUUGGGAGGAAAAGCCAAGAAUUGUUGUACGGAUAUGUUCAGAAAAAGGGCUGUGAUGAGGAGGGGGCUGUGCUUUCAAACGUUGCCCAAUGUAAAUCAGACGGAGGCUGAUGACAUUGGAAGACUAGUGCUCUUGAUGAAAUCACCAAAGAGUAUCAUCUCUCCGCAGUAUAAUUACACGCAGGUGAGUUGAUUAAUUAACUUGUUUUCAUUGGCACCCUCUUUUUACUACUUGCCCCGAUUGACAAUCAACUUUUCAGCCACAAAUCAUCAUCUAUGUAAACGACAACUUUGAUUAUGUCCUCGAUUUCCCUCGCUUCUACCUCUACCCAAAUGAAUGGAAUCGAAUGCAUUUUACAGCUCGUUUAGUGGAACUUCUCGAGCAUCCCAGUGACUGCACCAGCGAGGUGGGUUUGAUUCCUUUAUGGUUGUGGUGGUGUUUGUGACACAUGUUCAUAAAAAACACCCUCCUAUAUAAACACAUGUACUAUGCACAUGAAUAUCCGAGGAGUUUGAUCUCUACAUGACACGAGUAGUGUUUACAUCCUACAAUGUCCCGGGUUGCUACAGAAUAUUGAGAAGAAUAUUCUUGGGAUUCCACGAGUUCUCUAAAAAUUCUCCGAUUUAAAAGACACUUCGCGAGUUGCUGAAGCAGGCUCAAAUGGGGGUCUGCCCUAGAAUUUGACCCCCACUUUUUUCUGUCUCAUCUGAUGACAUAUAGGCUGUUAAACAACUUGGUGAAUUUUUUUCGAAAAAUUCGUCAUCAUGACCGAGAUAUGACAUAUUUAUUGAAUUUCGUUCAGUGUGAUAUAUUGUGCUAAUUUAUUGCCGAAACAUCGCAGAACUGAGCACACCUACGUUAUGGGCCAUGCUGAACAACUUUGUAAUUGACCCCAAGUUUGUCAGAUUACUGUAACAUACCGUAACGUCCAUGCUCAAUCAAUAAAUCUCGAUUUUCUCGAUUUUUUCAAUAAUUUUCUCGGAAUUUUUUUGCCUUUUUGGAAUCAGCAUCAAAUUCUGCAUCGGAUAGACUAUAUGCGCAUCUCCCGAUAGGUGUACAAAAAUGUCGUGGCGCAACCGGUAGUGGGUCGGACUACCAUUCAAAAGGUCCCGGGUUCGAGUCCGGGUGGAAGCAAAAAUGCUCAAACGCACUGGAAAUUGUCCCAAAACAGUUUUAAUCUAUUGGAACUCUGGUAAAAAUAAAUAAUAAUUAACAUUGUUCCCUAAAAAGGCUAAAUUUUGGAUUUUACGAAUUUUUUGAAAAUCAUGAUUUUUGUGGGGACAAAUCUGCCGAAGAACUGAAAAUUUUUUGCAAGCGAUUUUUUUGUUUAGAAACAACGCAUGGCACGUAAAAAGAGUAUUCCUCAAAUGAUUUCGUUCAAUUUUGCCCAAAUCACCAAAAAAGUUGAACUUUUUCGUUUUAAUCGGAGAGCACCGCCAGAACCCAGUAAGCCAAAGUGACGUCAUUCAAACGUGGAUACACAUGUUUUCAUGUAUGGGGAGUCGAAUUUUUAGCAAAUUUUACAAGAUUGAAUACUGUAACAUCAUGAAAUAUGUGAAUAUUUACAAAUUUUUAAAUGUAAAAUUUUUUGUGGAAAGUCUUCGGGGCUAUUAGAAAGAUAUUUGAAGGCAGCGCAAAAUACUGCUCUAGAAAAUUGGAAACGUUUCCGCGUAAGGACUCCUGAAAGUCAUUAUUUCAAUUUUUUGUCAAAUGCCAAAAUACGAAAUUUUUUUGGUGUUUUGGGCAAAAUUGAACGAAAUCCUUUGAGGAAUACUCUUUUUAAGUGCCAUGCGUUGUUUCUAAACAAAAAAAUCGCUUGCAAAAAAUUUUCAGUUCAUCGGCAGAUUUGGGCCCACAAAAAUCAUGAUUUUCAAAAAUUUCGUAAAAUCCAAAAUUUUGCCUUUUUAGGGAACAAUGUUAAUUAUUAUUUAUUUUUACCACAGUUCCAAUAGAUUAAAACUGUUUUGGGACAAUUUCCAGCGCGUUUGAGCAUUUUUGCUUCCACCCGGACUCGAACCCGGGACCUUUUGAAUGGUAGUCCGACCCACUACCGGUUGCGCCACGACAUUUUUGUACACCUAUCUGGAGAUGCGCAUAUAGUCUAUCCGAUGCAGAAUUUGAUGCUGAUUCCAAAAAUGCAAAAAAAAUCCGAGAAAAUUAUUGAAAAAAAUCGAGAAAAUCGAGAUUUAUUGAUUGAGCAUGGACGUUACGGUAUGUUACAGUAACCUGACAAACUUGGGGUCAAUUACAAAGUUGUUCAGCAUGGCCCAUAACGUAUGUGUACUCAGUUCUGCGAUGUUUCGGCAAUAAAUUAGCACAAUAUAUCACAUUGAACGAAAUUCAAUAAAUAUGUCAUAUCUCGGUCAUGAUGACGAAUUUUUCGAAAAAAAUUCACCAAGUUGUUUAACAGCCUAUAUGUCAUCAGAUGAGUCAGAAAAAAGUGGGGGUCAAAUUCUAGGGCAGACCCUCCUUCCACAACUGGCGAAGUCUCUUUUAAAUUAACAACUAAAUUUUCUAAAGUGAAUUCUUUUUUUUGGAAAGACUUCUUUUGCUCGCUUCGGGUAGCAAGACUUCUCUAAAAACAUUUCCCUUGAAUAUAACCUAAUAUUUCUUACAGAUCGAAGGCAAAGACACCGCCUGCUUUGUCCGUAACUGGCUGACCUCCAACGUCGUUGACCAAUACAACUGCACUCUUCCUUACCUCACCGACAUCCCGAACGUCCCUCCUCGGAAUGUCUGUGACCCCGUUGUCGUCGUUCGAGAGUAUUUCCACACCAUCCAACUGGUCCAUUCGGGCUCUGUUCACUCUCAAGAAUGUGUUCCCGGCUGUAAACGUUGGGAAUAUGGAGUUUCCUUACAACAGAGUCAAGCACUCGAUAAUUUCACUGGGUUUAAAUUCAAUUUGGAAGCCUCAUUCUACGAUCUACAAUACGAACAUGUCAAAGAAGUUUAUACGACAUCCGUGCCGGGAUUCAUGUCUCAAAUCGGAGGUCAAUUUGGAUUCUUCUUGGGGUUGUCGAUCAUUACAAUGAUUCAGAUUGGGAUUUAUCUCAUCUCCUACGUCUUUAACUUCUUUUACAAACUUUUUAAACAGUCCCCUGAAGAUGAGAAUGAAGACAAUCAAGACCCAACAAUGACUGAUUAUAACGGAGCGAUACCGAGUAAUGGCCAUGUUCGGACUAACGGAUUGCAGAUGGUCGAUGGAGUACUGUACUCGAAUAGAGUCCGACCAGUGGCGAAUGGACACAUGAUGAGCUCAUGGAUGUAG